AUGUACAACUCCGAAAUGAUCAAGUUGUACUUACACAUGUCUCUGGAGCGACUGGUCAAUGACGAAGAGUAUUCGGCACUGGAGGCGUACAGCUCUGCACUUUCGCAUCGUAUGCUCAGCGAGACGGCCCCCCACAAACAAUACCUGUCAAAUCAGAAGGCCUUGCUCGAGGAGGGGGCGCUGCCUGCGCCCAUUUACAAUGCUGUUUCUCUGGUAGCCCAACAGUCUGGUGUGGGCAUGAAGUGGCUGGAGCUUUCGCCAUGGGAGUGUGGCUGCGCAGACAUAGGCCAGGGCGUGUUCGUACCUACCUGGAGCUUUGGAAGACAGUUCAACGAUGGAGUGUCGGUGUCUAGUUUUAAGGAGAAACCGUUGGGAUUUUUACUGGCUGUGCUAGGUGGCCCGUUUGUCGCGUCCUUUCGGCGAAUGCUGGAUGAGAUUGAGCAUGAACUGCCGCCCGAGUUGGGAACAGCACUGUCAACGAUCCUGCUGAAGGGCAACCUCAACGACAACGUAGUGCUGCAACCGGCACAGAUACACAACUUCUUACUAGGUCUGAAGUGCCUAACUGGCGAUGAUGCGAAGGUGCGUGUGUGUGUAUGGUCAAUGUUCCUGGGUACGAUUGCGGAUAUGAGUUAUGAGUGUAUAUAUGACAUGGGCAAGCGGUUGGGAGCUGUGGACAUGUCUGGUGGUGGCGGUUAG